AUGGCUGCUGUUCUGAUUCCCAGUUUCAUCCUCCUCAUGUGUUUCUUGAUCUCCCCUUCUUUGCAGCACGUAAGCGAGUCAGAACCCCUUGUGAAGUUCAAAGACUCCGUGAAGAUAACCAAAGGAGACCUAAACUCCUGGAAAAUAGGAACAGAUCCUUGCGGUGGAAAAUGGUUUGGUAUCUAUUGCCACAAGGGUCAAACAGUCACAGGGAUUCACAUCACACAGCUAGGUCUCACAGGAACAAUCCAAGUCGAUGAUUUAAAGUCUCUCCCGAAUCUAAAAACCGUUAGGCUUGACAACAACUACCUCUCAGGUCCUCUCCCACAUUUCUUCAAACUCCGCGGCCUAAAAUCUCUCAUGCUCUCUAACAACAGCUUCUCCGGAGAGAUCCCUCAAGAUUUCUUCAAGGACUUGACAAAGCUCAAGAGACUGUUUCUUGAUCACAACCAGUUCGUUGGAAAGAUCCCUUCCUCCUUGAUGCAGCUCCCUAACCUCGAGGAGAUUCAUCUUCAGUUUAACAAAUUCUCUGGAGAGAUACUUCCUAUGACUGACAUCAACAAGAGCCUGAAGAUCGUCGACUUCUCGAACAACGAACUCGAAGGAGAGGUCCCUGUGAGCCUCUCAGAUAGGAAAAACCUCACCUUAUUACUUGAAGAGAACGGUAACUUGUGCGGGAAGGCAGUGCACACUGAUUGUGAGAAUGUAGUCGUAACGCCAUCCGGCGAAACGGGUCCCUUACCACCUAUGUCUCGACCAGGAGCAAACCACUCGAACAGUACAACUGUGUACGCGAUCUUUUUCUCCAUAACGUUUCUCAGCACGUUCUUGAUCGUUGUGAGCGCUAUCAAGAAGCGGAACGAGAAGAAACACGCUCAGUUUCGUAUGCUAGUCGACAAAGAACGUCUAAGCGACCUAGAUGCCGUGCAAGUCAAGGUACACCAAUCCCCAGCCGCGAAUAGGUACACAGAACCAAUCAAUAAGCGUGGUGGACACGUGGAAGUCGGUGGAGGAGGAGGAGGAGAAGUAGGUGGAGGGAUGAGUGAGAUUGUGAUGGUGAAUAGCGACAAGGGCUCGUUUGGUUUACAUCAUCUGAUGAAGGCUGCAGCCGAGGUGCUAGGAAACGGUAGCCUUGGAUCAGCUUACGUGGCGGUGAUGGCUAAUGGAUUGUCUGUUGUGGUGAAGAGGAUUAAGGAUAUGAAUAAAUUGGCACCUGAACCUUUUGAUGUUGGGAUGAGACGGCUGGGGAAACUCCGACACCCUAAUGUUCUUACACCUCUGGCGUAUCAUUACCGUCGCGAAGAGAAGCUUGUCGUGUCUGAAUACAUGACUAAUAGCAGCUUGCGUUACAUUUUACACGGUGAUCGUGGGGAAUAUCAUACAGACCUAACUUGGCCAACAAGAUUGAACAUCAUCAAAGGAGUAGCGAAUGGGAUGCAAUACUUGCACGAGGAGUUUGCGUCCUACGACCUCCCACACGGCAACCUCAAAUCCAGCAACGUUCUGCUCAACGAAAACUACGAAGCAGUGAUCAGUGACUACGCAUUCUCACCGUUUCUCGAGCCAAACAACGCAUAUGAGACAUUGUUCGCUUACAAGACACCAGAGUUUGCGCUGAACCAACAAGUUUCGCAGAAAUCAGACGUAUACUGCCUCGGGAUUAUAAUUCUUGAGAUCUUGACAGGGAAGUUCCCUUCUCAAUACGGUAAAGGCGGGACAGAUAUAGUUCAAUUGGUACUAUCAUCGAUGGCAGAGAAAAAAGAGAAAGAGAUUAUCGAUUCGGAGAUAGUAAAUAGUACUACUGAUUCGAUGCAACAGAUGCUGGAAUUGUUGCGGGUUGGAGCUGCUUGUAUUGCAAGUAAUCCAGAUGAGAGAUUAGACAUGAGGGAAACUGUUAGAAGAAUACAUCAAGUUAAAACAUAA